AUGAAGCUCCCCGACCUGGACCUGCAAGCCCUCUUCUUUGACCUCGACGGCACCUGCGUCAACUCGGACCACAUCCACUUUUCCACAUACCGCGACAUCCUUCUGGAGCUCGCCCCAACGUUUAACUCUGGCCUCCCGAUCACCCGCACCUAUUACGACACUCACAUGUCGGGUCGUCAAAAUCCCGAACUGGUCGCGUCCCUCCUCCCCUCUGUCCCGCUCCCCAUUCGCACGCGUCUCUGGCAGGCCAAAGAGGCGCGCUACGAGGACCACAUCACGCGCGGCGUGCCGCCCAUCUCCGGUCUUCCAGAUCUCCUCUCCCUCGCGCGCACAAAGCACCUCCGGACAUAUGUUGUGACCAACGCCCCCAGGGGGUCCUGCCACAAAACCAUGGCCGCUAUUGGAAUCGCGGAGCACUUUGGCUCGCACGUCAUCGUCGCCGAGGACUGCGCCGCGCCCAAGCCUGACCCGGCGCCGUAUCUGACGGCGCUAAAGCUGGCCGGCGUGCGCCCGGACCAGGCCGUCGUGUUCGAAGACUCGCCUUCCGGCACGUGCAGCGCCGUUGCCGCAGGGCUGCUAACGAUCGGCGUGCGGUCGACGCAGACGGACGAAACGCUCCGCGCGGCCGGGGCGACUUUGACGAUCGGCGACUACCGCGACGCGGUUCUCCACAAGGCGCUCGCCAAGUGGGUCUCCUAG